AUGGCCGUGGCCGGGACAGCGGUCGGCGUGGCCAACCUGGGCGUCGUGGACGCGUCGGGCCGCCACGCCAGGAACCUCGUCUUCUACCCCGCAGGCAACAAAGUGCAGAUCCAGAUGGGCGUGGGUAUCCCGCUGCAGCUGCCACACCAGGCCGUCACCACGGGCUUCAUCCUCAAGAGCAACUACCGGACGCCGUCCAACGCCACCAUGUACACGCGGCCCCAGGAGUACUUCUCCAGCCGCAGCGCGCGGGCCGCCGCCAACGCCCCGGACGCCGGCGGCCUCACCGAGCACCUGGCCAGCCGCUGGGACCUGUACACCGCCCUGCAGGGCACGCUGGAGCAGCUGGGCGGCGGCGCGGGCAGCGGGCGGCAGUGCUUGCUGAGGGCGGUCUGCGAGGCGGCGGCCUUCACCGUCAGGCACGACGGGCUGCUGGGGGAGCUGCUGCACGUCCUGCUCACGCCGUCCACCACCAGCGACCCAAUGCGGCAGCGCCAGGACGCCGAGUUCCACGCGGCGGAGGCGGUCGGCAGGCAGGCCAGGUCGGCCGAGGACCCCGUCGACGCGUGCGCCAGGACGUUCCGCGGCUGCGCCACCUCCGCCCUGGACUUGUUCACGCGCGUCAUGUCGUACUACUGA